CUCUCUCUCUCUCUGUCAUUCUCCCUGCUGCUGCAGCCUUUCUCCUCAUCUCCUUCAAUGGUGACUGACCACCUCCUGUGCGGACAGAGCGCCGCAGAGAGAAGGCCUCAUUACCGAGUGAAUCGAUGGCAUCUCCCAGGACUAUAACCAUUGUCUCUCUCUCUGUGGCCCUGGGGCUCUUUUUUGUCUUCAUGGGAACCAUCAAAUUGACCCCAAGGCUCAGUAAAGAUGCCUACAACGAGAUGAAACGAGCCUACAAAAGCUACGUCCGGGCUCUCCCCAUGCUAAAGAAGAUGGGAAUCAGCUCUAUCCUUCUCCGCAAGAGUAUUGGUGCCCUGGAAGUGGCAUGCGGCAUUGUCAUGACACUGGUGCCUGGUCGGCCCAAGGAUGUGGCCAACUUCCUCCUGCUGCUGCUUGUCCUGGCUGUGCUCUUUUUCCACCAGUUAGUAGGUGACCCACUCAAACGCUAUGCCCAUGCACUAGUCUUUGGGAUCCUGCUGACUUGCCGCCUACUGAUAGCCCGCCAGCCUGAAGAGCAGCCACCUGAGAAGAGGAUCCUGUCAGUGAAUGGUGAUGAGCAGCCUGUUGUCCAUGAGGCAGCUCCUGAGAAAGGCAAAGUGAAGGUGUCCUAGUAGAGUGCAUUUGAGGAAUAUGCAUUUGAGGACCCAUGAGGCAGCUCUCCCCAAAAACACCCAGAAAGAUUUUAGUUUUUUCCUAUUAUGUAUUUGAUUUUAUUUGUUGUUUAAAAGAUUCCUUUCGGGAAUGAGACACCCUACACUGCAGCUAUUUCUGGGACCACGGUGUAGACAUACCCAGAGACAGUAGGCUAAACACUAGCUUGGAGAACUGCCCUCUCCUUUAUUCCCAAAUACACACCGUUUUCUUUUAAUUAGUUGAGGGGAAAAAUGUAUCAUAUUAAGUCUGUGUGUUAUCUUCAAGGGAGGGACCCCUACUCUGAACUGCCUCUGUGACAGUCUUUCAGCAGACUGGUCUUGGAGGGGAAAAAGCAUUUGUCCACAUUUUGUACAGGGUCUAAAACUGUGUGAAUGAACUUGGGAGUAAAACUAUUUUUCCCACUUUGCAUGGUUGUAUGCCUUCCCCCUCUCUCAGCAGAUAAUAAGGAUUCCUGUUGAGAAGGCAUGGGUUAGCAUUGUUCAAAGAAUUGUUUGUGCCCAGUAAUAAACCCUGGUGUUCCCAAGAUGUGCCUGUUGCCCUCAAGCUGUGGUAACCUCCUCCUUCAAAAAAUAAAAUCCCCUUUCUUCCAACUAGUUAGAGAGAUUUGACAGAAUCAUCCACUGUUGUAAUCACAGGGCCUGAAGCUGUUCAUAAACCUUAUUCCCCAUUCCACCCUGGGCUGCAGUGAGCUAGGGGAGUAGACCUGUCUCAGGAGCCUGAUUCUUUGUGUUAUACUGAAAACACUAUGAAUGGCUACACAGGAGAGCAUUUUAUGUUUUAAUUCUGUUGUGUUUUUUGGUGCUUGUCCAUGUUUCCCCUUUGGUUUUCUUAAUCAUUCACGAAAUAAACUUUUUGAAAUUUGGAGGAAAA